CUAACCCCCCUCCCCCUUUCCCCUUUCCUCUCUCACCUCACCUCCCCCUCCCAGCCCUGGCUGCAGACGGAGGGAGUAAUGCAGUCCUUCCGUGAGCGCAGCGGUGGUUACCACAGCAACCAACCCUGCUACCAGCAGGAGACCCACGAAUUAUCCCGCCUGGAGACCUACCGACAACAUCCGCAUCAUCCCCACCCCCAGCACCCGCACCCGGGGCCCGGUCCACAUCCAGGCCCUGGCCCUGGCCCAGUGCACAGCAGAACAGGCUAUGAGGCUCAUUCACUGGUGAAUCCCACAAGCAUGGCUCCAACUGGAGGAGCAGGAACUGGAGGAGGACCCAAGGACUGUUACAGCCAGCAAGCCUACCCUGGUUACCCAGGAAACAGUGGUGGGAAUGGGAGUGGAAAUGGGGGCUCACCACCCUCGCAGGCAAAAAAAGCCUACAGAGGAAGCAAAGUGCCCCCACCAAACCCAAGUCAGCACUUACAGGGUCCUGGGAGCUACGCUAACCAAAUGGGCCCUGGGAGUUAUUCAGCCCCGUAUAUAAGUGAGGGCCAACUCCAGCAGAAAUGGGAAGACUCUGCCCAGUUAGCACAGUAUGACCAGGAGUUGGUGGGGCGCAUAGAGGCUGGUGGAACAUCUACACCUGGCUCCUCCCAGUACAUAGACCAAAAUAUGCUGGGCCACUCCCAGACCCAGUGCCACCAGCCCUCCACCCCGGCCUACACAAGCCCCCACCAUCAGGCCCAUCCCCCUAACCCUGCCCCCUCCCCUCUGAUUUACCCCCAGAGUCACCUUCACUACCCCCAGCACUCAGCUUCUCCUUCACCAUACAUGGAAAAGUGCAGCCCUAUGCCACACUGUUAUAAAGGCUACAGCAUUCCCCCAAAUCCCCAGUACAGCAGACAAAUGAGCAGCCACAGCAAUCUGAAGCAGGGGGGUUACAGGUCAACUCCCAACAGUUAUGGCUACCAGCAGCCUUCCUCCAGAGUUUAUGAGCAGCAGCCCCCUUUACAAGCCAUGACCAACCCCCAGGAGCCCCACCCUAAAUACCAACACUACAGCCAACCCCAACAAAGCUACUGUCUAUCUGAGCUAUCUGUCAGAUCACCAGAACAGUAUUAUCAGACUUGUAGCCCCUCCUCAAGCCACUCUCCAGCACGAUCUGUAGGACGCUCCCCCUCGUACAGUUCCACCCCUUCACCACUAAUGACAAAUCCAGAGUCAUUCCAGUAUGGCCAACCUCCCAUGACCCCUGGGCCAGCCUCCUCUUCUUCAUCCUCUUCAGCUGGCAUGCAGGAGCAAACCAGUACAAAUAAUAUGUUGAUGCCCCCUCGCUCACACCCCUCACCCAAUGUGCCCCAUGCCGCUCCACACAGCUACACCCCCACACCGCAGGUCCCCACCAUGAAAGAACGUUUCUCUGAAAAGUUAUUGUCAAACCCCAGCUUGUGGAGCCUGAAUGCCCUCACCUCUCAGGUAGAGAACAUCUCUAAUAAUGUACAGCAGUUGCUGCUUUCAGAGGCCCUGGUGGCCAACAAGAAAAGCGGUAAGCGCAGCAGUGGAGGUAGCAACAGCAGUGUUGGAAGCGGAGCAUCUAUCAAAAAGGUUGAGGAGUAUAAAGGACCUCCAUACCCAGAUGGAGGUGGUAGUGUUGGUGGAGGCCCCAUGCAAGACCCUUACUCUACCCCGCAGCACCAGCCAAUGCCCAUGGAACUCCACGAAGGAGGCUAUUCUAGCAGUAGUGAUGAACAACUGGAGAGGGGGUACUACUACUGUGGACAGGGCAGAAGUCCAGCACAGGCCCCCAGUAACACACAACUCAGCCUGGAUACAGCCUCAUCAUGCUCCAUGACAUCACCAGAUGAUAUGUCCACCAGGUCUGGAGACUCGGGUCUACACAACCUUACCCCUGACCCUAAUAGAAGUCACUCAGGCCAAGGAAGGGACGGCAUGAACACUCCAGUGAAGGGCAUUGGCGAUGAGAGGUCCCCUAUCAGCAUUACAAUCCCCAGUCCAAUGAAACAAGAAAGGGAUUCCCCUUUAGAUAUACAACAAAUCAUUGAGCCUGUUAAAGAGAACUUUGAAGAAUCAGCCUGGACAGAAAAAUCUGCUGACAAAGAGGAGGUAUCUACAGAUAAAUCUCCUGACAGCGAGAGAGAUUCAGACACUGCUAAAUCUACAGAUAAUCUGGAGAAAUGGUCAGAUGAGGAAAAAUGUCCAGCCCUCUACAGUAAAGUAUACAAAGGAAUGACAGAACAAAUCUAUUGCUACAAGGAGACAAGGUAUCAAACAGUUCAGAGCAAAUAUGACCCUGAUACACAAGACUCAGUCGUACAGUCUCCAGCAGCUCUUUCCGACUCCAGCCACAAGGAACACUUUGGCCCUGAGAUGAAAUCCGAGGCGUUUAAAUCUGAGUCUCCGACUGCAUCGGAGAGCUCAGUGAAAACAUUGCCUUUCAUUUCAAGGGGUGACCUUGAGCAAGAUCAAUAUUCCACAGAGAAAGAGGACAGCUCUGACAACACCUCUCUAACCCCCCAAGUUGAAGCCUUGGAUGAGAGCAACUCAGACAAAAGGGAGAGCAAAGAUGUGGAGGAUGAAGAGGAGGAUGAGAGUGCACCGGACGAGGCGGGUGAAGAGGGAGAAAUACAGAAACAAAAACAUGCUCUUUCCCCAACUCUUUCAUUAGAUGUUGGGGAGGAACUGGAGGACGGUGAAGAAGAUUCAUCGAGUGAGGACCACAUUAACAGACAUGGGCAAGAGAUGUUGUUUGGUGAUCUUUCCAGCAGGGCAGAUAGUACAGCGCUCCAUACAGACACCAAGUCUGCAGGGGCGCCUGCCCAUCCGAAUGCAGCCGCAGCAGCAGCAGGUGCUUCUGCAAGAGAGUCAGCCAUUGGGGACACUGCUCCUCAGCCUCAGUCUGCUAUGCCAGUUUUCUCAGCUCUCAAUGACAAGACACCUGCAACUCAGGCUAGGGAUCGUAUUGAUCACAAUGAUGCGAAAGUGCUGGAGCCAGACUCUCCUCAGCUGCCAGGGAAGUCAAUACUUCCCUCAGCCCCUUCCUGGGCAGAUACUCCUCCCUCCCCCAAAAAAGGCGACGAAGACAUGGAGCCUGGCAUCAGCUGCGCCAGUGCAGUGACCCCAUUGGCCAAGCCAGGACCCGUGGCCCCAUCUGCUCAGCCGAGAGCAUUUGGACGUAAGCAUGCAAGGGGCAGAAGAAAGAUUAUCCAUUCAAGUGUAGGAAUCAGGCAACAGCUAAACUUGGAGAGUGAGGGUGGAGGGGAAGAGGAAGGAGCCCUCUCGCCUAGACAGAAACCCUGCAUGCCUCCGAUAAAAACUCUGCUAUUCUCAGAUCCAAUGAACCAAGCUCAUCUUGAAUCUAUUGUGAGCCAGACGCCCAAAAUGCUAACUGAUGGUUUUCGUUCGAGGAUGUGCACUCGCUCAUUCAAUGCACCAGACACGCCACCUAAAGUUGAGCCUCAUGUGAAGCGAAAACCAGGCCCAAAGCCAGGUUCAAAACCUGGGCUGAAACCAGGGCCAAAACCUGGAACAAAGUCAGGGCCAAAAACAGGACAAAAGCCAGGUCCAAAACCAGGGCUCAAACAAUGUCUUAAGCCUGGACCAAAGCCUUUGUCAAAACCCGGAACAAAACCAGGACCUAAACCAGGACCAAAACCUGUGCCAAAUGAGUCAGAGCUUCUCCAGAACAUUGAGACACCUGUGAAACGUAAACCAGGACCCAAGCCAGGUUUAAAAACUGGGUCAAAAUCUGGAUCAAAAUCCGGACUAAAAUCUAGUCCAAAACCAGCUCUAAAACCAGGACAUAAGCCUGGACCCAAGCCUGCAGAGGUUUUGCCCCUUGAUGACACUGUCCCCAUUAAGGCCUCAGUGGGUCGCCCUAAAGGCUCAGUUUCUAAGACAAAGCAAGUACAAGAAGAAGAAACCAUUCAACCUUUGACAGGACUGCAAAGCAAGGUUAGGAAAAGCCCAAAAGCUUCAAUAUCACAAGUAACUCUUGACGUUAAACCAGUGAACCACGAUGAAAAACAGGCAAACCACGAGGUAAAGGCUCCAUGCAAGGAUGGUAAGAACAUGGUUUUAAGAUCCAGAAAACCCUCACAAGAAAAGCUGGCAAAAGAAAAAGUCACAGAAGAAGAUAUUCUUACCCAGACACUAACAGAAAUCAAAGCUACUGAUGAUUCUCCAAAAGUAGAGGAACAUCUUACUAUGGAAGAAGCUUCAACUUCUACUCCUAAUGCUGUCAAAAACGUAGAUAUUCCAGCAAACGCACCAGUCCUAACUGAAACAUCUGAAGGAAAGUCUUUGUUUCCAUUGAAACGUAAACCUAGCCCAGAAAUGUCUACAACACCAGCAAAGAAAAAGAGGGGUCCAAAGCCCAAACCCAAAUCCUCACUAACUCUGGAAGAAAAGGCUUCUUCUACACAAAAAGGGAAAGGUGUUCUUGGUCCCAGAAAAAAGAGAGGGCCACCCAAUAAUGUAUCUGUGGUCAUUCCCCCACCCAAAGACAUUCCUCCAAACAUCAGUGAGAUGGACAUCACUAGUGAUGUGCCUGUGGUGGCUCCUCAAUGCCCCACUAAAACAAAGGUUCUCCCCCCACGCAAAGGCAGAGGACAGAAAUACGAGGCCAUGGUGCAGAAAAUUACAUCCCCAAGCUCAAAGAAACACCUCCCAAUUCCUCCGAUGGACAGCAAUCUAUGUGAUGAUGUGACAGUCAAGGCUUUGCCUCAACUUGUCUUAAAGGAAGGUGAGCCAACAAUGCUCAUAAAUAACAUUGAAGUGAUAGAGGGAGAAGUGAAAAGCAUAGAUUCUAGACAGGAAGUACUGGAACAACCCGAAGAAGCAUUAAGAAAGAAGAAUAUGUCACAAGAAAGAGAAAAGCAUGAGGUGAGUCGGGAAGCCUUAACGGCAGAGGAUUGCAGACAAGGCAUGGAAAAACUGAUUUUGAAUAAGGAGGAGAUAAGACAAGAACACAUUAAACCAGAGAUACAGCAUGAAGUCACGGCUGACCAGGUUUGGAGCUCAUUGGAGGUCCCAGCUGAAGUCAAAUCUCUAGGAGUGUGGACACAACAGGCCUCAAAAAGUGUAUCGUCAGCUCCUAAGUCUGCUAAGUCUACGAGAACUAAAAGGAAGAGAUGGGCCAUGGUGGAGAGCACAGAUGCCUCAAUAGUAGCCUUGGAAGCAGGGAGCCUAAUAGUUACAACGCCAAGGUUAGCAAAGCAGCGGGCCAUAAAAAACAACCAUGAGAUGCAUCUAAAACAAAAGAGAAAGAAACGGAAGGGCCAAGCCCCUCAUGAAGAAACAGAGGCAGUUGAGGAGAAAAAUAGUGAAACAGUAGAACAACAACAGCAGAAGGUAGAAGAGACGGUAACCCCCACGGCGUCCUCAAUACCUUUGCCAAUCAGCGCAGAUGAGAUCACUGAAGCCCCCCAGGUAACCAGCACAGAACUCGUUCAGAAACCUAGGAGAGGAAGAAAACCAUCCACAAAUCCAACUCAGAGGAAACGAGGCAAGGCCUCAGCAGAGCAGAUUCCUGGAAAGCCGAUGAAGGUCCACAAAAAGCCUGGGCCCAAACCUGGGAUGAAAGAUGCCAUGGAGGUUAUUGAAGCAGUAGUAAGAGCGGCGGGAUGUGAACGGGCCGUAAAAGAGGAGAGAGAAAAAGAAGAAGUGGAGAGAAGAGAAAGAGAAACAAAGGAAAAAGCAGUAUCAAGUAUCGAGGGUCCUUCAGUAACAACAUCAGAAAAACAGAUGGAGAUCAUUUCUUUAAAAAGAAUCAGGCGCAAACCAGUCCAUCAGACUUCUAAACUGUCUUUCUGUCCUUAUGUUCGAAUUAACAACUCCAGAGACUUUUCUUCUUGGUGUGCCAUAGUGAACAAGCCUGAGGAUGCGGUGGUGUUUCAGCGACGUAGAAAAAAGGGCAUACUCAGAAUGAGGAAUCCUUUCACAGUUGCAAAAGUCGUGCCACACGCUGCUGCCAUGCUACAAGGACCCUUGGUGAAAAGAGAUCUCAUUGACAGGUGCCUUACAUGUUGCCUGUGUGGAAAGCCGGCAAAUUUCAGAGACUUAGGGGAUUUGUGCGGACCUUACUACACGGAGGAUGGCGUUCCGCGGAAAUUGCUGACCGUCGGGCCCACAGAAUCCAUCAGGGAAGAUCCUCAGAAAACAAAUGAGGCAAACAGAAGCAGAAGUGAAGAACCAAGCUCCUCAAAGAACGAGGGCGAGGGCAGCACAGAAAAGGAGGGCAAUACCGAGACCACCACCCAAGAGGGAAGUAAUAGCAGGCACCAUUGGCACUACCGGCGGGCAGAGAGAACAGAGAGGGUGGGUCAGAAGGGUGGUCCUCGAAGAGUAACUCUCCGAGAGAGGUUCAGGAGAAUGAAGCAGCUCCAGGCUAUCAGUGCAGCGGCCUCAAGUGACCAAGAGGGUGGGGACAGUAUGUUCGAGAGGCUACAAAUGGAGGCAGAGGCUAAAGAGCACUGGGCCCAUGAAAACUGUGCCAUCUGGACCAAGGGGGUAAUUAUGGUAGCUGGGAGGCUAUAUGGACUGCGGGAGGCUGCCAACAACUCAGCCCAAACGAGCUGCUACAAGUGCCAGGAUGUGGGGGCGUCCCUCAGCUGCUGUUGGAGAGGCUGCUCUCAUAAAUAUCACUAUGUCUGCGCCAAAGAGAUAGGCUGCACAUUCCACGAGGAUGAUUUCUCCAUAAAAUGUCCUAAACAUGAGGACCUGUAAGAUAUUCACCACCUCCACCACUCAACACCACCUCUCGGCCAAGCAAGCAAGCAAGGGGGCAAAACAAAAGAUGCUGUCCACACCAGCCGCCCACACCCAGAAGACACACGGCGAUGAGUGAUGAUGGACAGGCGCGCCGGCAGGGGGGGUGGGGGGUGGAGGGGGAUUUAAGGCCGCGACGAGGACGAUGUGGAGCUCCACACCCUGGAGGACGGCUCCGCGGAGGGAAGCGGCUCCCUGAACGCGGCCCGGAAAUGAGUCGCCCCCAUACUGGGAGGCACAAGGCAGCGGUGCUGUUAAACGGGAGGAGAGACUGCGCUUUAGAGACGGGUGUGCCUCGGGCCCAGUGCACAGGUGGGCUGUUUGAAAUGCAGAGCAGGGAAUGUGCGCGUGUGAGCGUGCGCGCGCGUGUGUGUGUGUGUGCGUGCAUGUGUGUGUGUGAUCUGCCUUCGGAUGGGUUGCUAUCACAGUCAGACACCUGGCGGACACUGAUUGGACGGGAGCAUCCCUCUGGCCACCUUGUCUGUUGGCCAAGAGGUGCGUGUGUGUGUGUGUGUGUGUGUGUGUGUGUGUGUCCGUGUGCGUGUGUGCGAUAACCACAAUGCGAUUCUACAGCCACAUCAUCAGUGUGUUUGUGCCUAAGUUCAUCUCUAAUUCAAGAUGUCAUUUGAUCAACAAAAAAAAGCAGCAGCCAACCACUGGGUGUACUAUCAAUGUGUGCGUUUGUGUUUAAAACAACAGACAAAAGGAAACAAAAAAGGAAACUGUGUACGUGAUGACACGCUUCACAGGUUCUAAAUAUUCUGAUAUUGAAGGGUUAAGAAAAAAAUGGACAGUAUUUUAAUAUAAUGCUCUUAUCUUCGGAGAUGUAUUUUGAUGUGCAUUAUGACUAUACGGCAUCAUUGCGUCACCCUUGGUAUAUGUCAGGCUUUGUUGUAAUUCAGAAAAAAAGAAAAAGUUAAAAAAAAAAGAUAACUCUGCUUAAGAGUGUAACAUUUCAACUGUGUGCACAUUGAAUAUGUACAGAAGACGCCACCAUCACCACUCGACAGGUCGCAGAUCAGGGUCCAAGGGUCCAACUGGGGGUCAUUUCAUCUCACCUCUCAUCUAUGUACAGUUCAGAAGUAUUACUGUUGAACAUUGCCAUGAUGUGUGAUUAUUUCACCUACCACAGCAACUCAAAACGAUUUACAGUCAAAACAGAUUGCACAACACACUGAUCUGUUCGUGUAUAUCAAAUGUAGCCUCUCACUUGUCCAUGCUAUGUAACAAUGCCCUGUUCAGGGUGUCAGUUUAAGUACUGGUCAUAUCAAAAAGGAGACAUAUUUAAGUAUUAAGAGCAUAAAAUAAAGUGCAAAACCACCACACCAAACGUUCCCUUUUAUGAAGCUCAUUAUUUAAUGGUGUAUAUAAGUAUUUGAUGCUGUUUAAAUGUAAGAUGUGAUGUACUAAUAUAAUUGUGUAUAGUAUUUCCUAGAGAUGUUUAUUUUCUAUAAAAUGGAAUAUGUUAUUGCUUAUAAAAUGUUAUUAAAGAAUCCAUUGAUGAAAAAAAAUAACCUUUUUUGGGAAUGUCACUGUUCAUAAGUUGGAGCAUGCCGUUUUAUUGAUUUUCAUGUCCAUUUGUUUGGAAUCGAUGACACAGCAUCACUUUGUUUGAAAUGUUUUUUGUAACGCCAAUGUUAAAUAUACCAGCACCUUUCAAUGCUGCUCUGACCAAC